GGCUGCAGCUGUGUGUAACAUGUGGCUCUUGGAGAAGCUGCGCAGCUCCGUGGAGAGCAGUGGAGCUCAGCAGACCCCUCAGACCACAGAGGCUAUUCCUGUGGCUGUUUAUGCCAAUGUGCUAACCCCAGAGAAGAUUCCAGACUUCUUCAUCCCUCCCAAACUCAUUUGUUGCCCUCCAGAUGAGUCCCUGAGCCCUGAGCCUCAGCCCCGUGCCGCUCUGAGACCUUCCUCCUCAGAUCACUCCAUCUGCAGUCAGAGCCCCCGAGCCCGCAGCAGCCCACGCCUCUUUGGACGCAGUCUGCAGAAGUCUGCCAACCGCCACAUCAUCCAGAUCGAGAGCGCGGACGAGCCAGGAGCCACAGACAAACCCUCAGCGCAGCCCAACACCAACGCAGACCCUCAGUCACAGACCGCCAUGUCUCUGCCCUAUGUCCCCAAGGCCCAGACCUCCUAUGGCUUCUCCACCCUGGUGGAGUCGCCUCACACCCGGAGGAAAGAGAGCCUGUUCCACAGUGACCCCAGCAGCCCCCUCACCUCCCCUAACUCACAGAGGCGUUCCCAGGGUGGGACACUGCUGACCCCCGCUGACCCCAACCCCUACAGGUACUUCAGUGGAGGGGAGAGCGACACCUGCUCCUCUGCUGAAUCCUCACCCUUCAACUCCCCUUUGCUGUCCCGCUCUGCAUCUUUACUGCGCUCUAUCACACAGGAGACACAAGCCAAGGUGUCUCGUGCUAAGCGCUCUCUGGCGCGCCACAGCUCCUUGUCCACAGAUGAGUGCAGCUCUGCAGACAACAGCCCCAACAUGCAAAGGCGUCGCACCCGCUGCCCUCCCUCCCCAGCCUUCAGAGGAUCGAAGGGAGGGGGCUUGAGAGGCACCGCUGCCGACCUCCUACAGCGAGAACACACCAUUAACCUGCACAAGGGGGGCACACUCCGCCUCAGCACACACUACGACCCUGAGGCAUCCAGGUUGAGGGUGCGAGUCCUAGCAGCUGAGGCAUUAUACAACAGGGAGACUGAUGUAAAGAGUAUCAACUGCUGUGUGGCACUGUACCUUAACCCGGGCAAACAGCAGAAGCAGAGGAGCACUAUAAUCAAGAAUAGCAGAAACCCGGUGUUUAAUGAAGACUUCUUUUUUGAUUCACUCCCACAAGCUCAGAUCAAAAGUCUGGCCAUGAAGGUGAAGGUUGUCAACAAAGGCACCAGUCUGAAGAGAGAUGUGCUUUUAGGAGAGAGAGAGGUGUUGCUGAGUGAGCUGCUGGCAGGACUCUAGGGAUUACCUGUCAAGACAACAGCUCUAAGACUUGACUUGUCCCUUUCCUCUCCAACUCCCUUGCAAUAUUCACAAGUGUAAUAUUGUGAUGCCAAAAGUGUCCCUCCUUUGCUUCUCUACUGGAGACCGCUGCUCCUAUAUUACGUCCUGUUUUAGUUUUUAAACUAUGCUGACCUGUUGCUUUGAAUGUAUUCCUCCAAACAUGUUGCCUACCUAUGAUGUUUCUGUACCCCAAGCGUAUUUAUGCUGGCCUGUAUCUUUGUAUAAAACAUAAAGACCAAAUGUGUUUUUUGCACGUCUGUUUAAAAUGCAGAAAGCCUCCAUGUACUUGAACAAUUUGAUUAUUACUUUUUUGAA